AUGGGAGUGUUUAUACUAAAAUGUGUGCUGCAUUUCUUCAAUUUUAUUAUCAUGUUGACAGGUAUGGCGCCGUUAAUAUGCGGGAUUCUCACUCAACUUGGAUACAUGGAUGUCGGGUUGACAAACUUAAGCAUCGAACACGUUCCACCUUACAUGAUGGUGGUGGGCAGUGUUAUUAUAAUCAUCUCGAUCGUUGGCUGCUGCGGCGGGCUCAUGGAACAUGCUGUCAUGCUUAUCUUCUAUUCUGUAUUCAUGGCAAUCCUGAUGGCUGGCUCGAUAUUGUUGGCAGUAACCAUUUUACUUAAGAUUGACUACCUAUUGAAUCUCCUGACUCUAAACAUCACUACCCAGUUCCACAAAGACGUGGACAUGUUUUCUCAAUUCGAAGUACUGUACCUGUGCUGUGGGACGCACGGCGCGAUAUCUUAUCAGUCCAAGGGUCUGGGUCUCUCCAACAGCUGUUGUGCAACACCUCCUUGUACUUUCGACAAAGUCACCUUUCCAGGGUGCGUUGAGAAAACCCAAACUGACGUCAUGAAUAUCCGUUGGAUAUUUGCAGGCACAGUCAUCGGUCUUGCGGUUACUCAGUUAUUUCAAACAGUAGUCAGCAGUUACCUGGCAUUCAGUGUACGCAAGAAACAGUUUAAAAUGCAGUAUUCCUAG